AUGGACACACCUUCAACGCCUCCAUCUGCCGAUUUUUCUUCUACACCUCCAAAGCGUACUAAGAUUGUACUGCUUGGCGACCAAAGCGUUGGAAAGACCAGCUUGAUUACCCGGUUUAUGUACGACACCUUCGACAAUACAUACCAAGCGACUAUUGGUAUCGACUUUCUCAGCAAGACAAUGUAUCUUGAAGACCGAACAGUUAGAUUACAGCUCUGGGAUACUGCAGGACAGGAGCGAUUUCGGUCACUAAUACCAUCCUACAUUCGUGAUUCUUCGGUCGCUAUUGUCGUAUUCGAUAUCACAAAUCGACAGUCAUUCUUAUCGACAACCAAGUGGAUAGACGAUGUUCGCUCGGAGAGAGGCAACGAUGUCAUAAUAGUGCUGGUUGGGAACAAGGCUGACUUGUCGGAUAAGCGGCAAGUAACGUUAGAAGAGGCGACUGCUAAGGCCACGCAACUCGAUAUAUUGUUCAUGGAGACGUCUGCAAAGGCGGGACACAACGUCAAGAGCUUAUUCAAGAAGAUUGCGAUGUCGCUGCCGGGGAUGGAGAAGGAGGGUCAGACGGAUGCGAAUACAAAAAUCGACGUUACGGCACCAUCUUCAGGCGAGGUUCCAGAAGCAUCACAGUGCAGUUGCUGA